CCCACUCCGGUGCGCAUCCCCCUCUCCGGUGCGCAUCCCCCUCUCCGGUGCGCAUCCCUCCGGUGCGCAUCCCACCGCCGCGAUGUUACCCGGUAGGACCCUACGGAAGGUCACGCCGCCCGCCGCUCCCGCAGAGCCGGAGGUGGUGGCGGAGUGCGCCCUGCAGCUGCGCUGCAUCGGCGACAAGUGGAACCUGCGGCAGAAGUUCCUGAACCUCCUGACAAAGCUCUUCUUCCCGAAAACGUGAGCCCCCGCCUCGGACACGGUGCCCGGAAAAGCAGGGGAAGACCUUGGCUUGGUGGAUUUGGAAUGAGAGAUUUCACUGACAUUGGGAGAUGAAGAAAGCUCUUUGUGUUGCAUUUUGCUGCCUGCAGCCGCUGAAGGAUGGCUGUCGCAACCUGAUUUCUUUGAAGAAUCUUACAGCAAUAUUAGCAUGCGAAUGCCAGCUGGAAAAAAAAAAAAGAAAGAAAAAGAUUGCUAGCAGGGCCCCUCAUCACGCGAUGGGAAGACUUGGGACAAGAUGGAACUUGCCCCUCAGCCCGGUCUGAGAAGACUUCCGGCAGUCUGGUUUCCCCUGUCGUCCUCACGCCCCACAGCUAUGUUUCACCAAGGAGCUCGGACCACCUGGGUGCAGAAGCCAAAAAAAGCAUCAGUGUCUUGGAAUUUGGGAACAUAUAUCACAAGGCCAGGUGCUUGGUUUCUGACUGCUCGUGUUUUCUAAAGCAUGGAUUCUGCUGGACAGGGACCUGGUGGUGGGAUUAUUUCAUUUGUUAAAUAAACCACUAACUUUAUUGAAAGGUUAUUUGUUACGUGAUGUUGCUUUGUAGACUAAAAAUUACAAUUCUAUUAAUUAACAUGAUGUUGCAUAGUUCUAGUCUAUAUAAUAUAUAUAUAUAUUUGUGUAUAUAUAUAAUAUAUAUAAAAAAUAUAAAUAUGUGCACCCCAUGUGUAUGAAAUGAGUAUUUCACAGAACUAUUAACUGAAUGAUACUUGUUCAGCUUAAAAAAUAGUAUGAAAAAAUGCUCAAAACGUGACCUAAAACAUGACGUAAAAAUACAGUAUAUUAACUAGAAGAAAGCAGCAUGUUUUCUGGUAAUAUGAGAAAUACAUCAUGCAUCAGAGAGGGGAGCAUACUUUAGUAUAGCAUUAUAUAAGACAUGUAUAUGAAUAUAUAUUACACAAAUACAGAUAUCGAGGUACGUGUGGUGGAGGGAUUCUUUUAAUAUUACAAAGAAUUUCUUGAGAACAGGACAAUAUUGCUGUGUCUUUAUAAGUAACAAAAUAACUCUUCAAUAGAAGUAGAUUUUAAAGUUGAAUCGAAGUUGAAUCUCAAAUUUUCUUGAGAAUGUUAUUUAUUCAAAGAAAGCAACUACCUCUCUUUGAAGAAAUAAUAUCAAUAAAAUCAAUUGUUACAGUUAGUACAGGGAAGUAGCCUUGGACUUCUGAAUGUUUAAUGGUACUUACAAGUGAAGGUUCUUCCCUUGUACUUUAUUUCCCUUUCAUUUCAUGGCAACCUCAUUUCGGUCCCGGAAUGAUGAAGCCGCUGUAGCCCAUCCAGUGGAUGGUGAUGUAUUAUGCUUAUCUCACUUGAGGGGUUAUUACCCUUGUCUGGCUUAGGGGGACCUGAGUUAAGCAUGCUGAUUGCCAUUGAGGCAAACAGUAACUCUGCUAGUCAAUUCACGUCAGACACGAUCCUAAACAGUAUUUUUUCAUGCGUACAAGCUAGCAAGAAAACAGCUGAAGCUGACCAUGUUUUGUAGCUACCUCUUAGGUCAAUGGUCAGAGCUCCUUCUCUUAACUAACCUUGUUUGUAAGUACAUUGGCAUUGUAUAAGGCUGUGUAGCUGCACGUUCUGAAUUCUGGCUCUGUUCAAAUUACUGGUUUUCCUGCCUUGUAGUGAAUUCUUGUUUGUAUUUAUAUCUGAUGAUUAGGUUAUCUCUUCUGAAGUUGCCUUUGCAAAAUUGUCAUUACACAGCUCUGGUCACUCUGUCACAACCAGCUCUGUGUGGCUGUUACUUAUUGCCACUGAUUUCACUAAGCAGAACUGACUGACUUCGUCCGCUUUCCACAUGGAGGACUUAACCCCGUCCCACUGGUGUUACUGGGAGCUUUGCCGUUGGCUGAAGACACAACGCACGGUUCCCUCCUCCUCUAAGCCAGCCAAUACCUUUUCAGUGAGAACAUAAUGUUUCAAGAAUAGUUGUUAUUCCUCCUAGUACUGCAUAGUCACAUGUUUUGCUGACAUGUACAGAAAUCGGUUUUUCGGGUAUUAAAAAGUAAACACAAAGAGUUUCUGUUGGGCUCCCAGGCUAAUGUUGCGUCCAACUCAUCAAAGCUGUUCAUCAAAGACAGCCCCAACUUCAAGGGCUCCCGCUGUAUGUCCUGGGCUUGGUGGAGUCCUGGGGUCUUCAUCAAGGACACUAAACAAUGAUCAUCCCUGUUGAGGACUCUCAGGAAAAUUUGGCAUUAGUAUUUGCAUUACUAGCUGAAAUGUAUUUGAAUGAAAGUGUUCAUGUAUGAAUGAAAGCUCCAUGUGUGCUGCUUUGAAAUUCAAUAGAAAACAAAGUGCGGGCUUCAUAGAGCCUGCCCAGUUCUUCAGGCUGUAGCACACGACUGUUAUGGAAAAAAGCAUCCAUUUAAAUGCAUUAUCAUGGGGAUAUUUGACUUAAGUAUUAGUGCAGUAUUUAUCUGUCUAGACUAUUUGCUGUUUUGUGAAAUGUUUUUAUGUUUCUCCAAGCAUUGUCAAAAGUGCUAGUGUUCACCAGGAUCUCAGGAAGGAGACCUAGACCCAAGUGGUCAGUGCCAGUAUAUGAGCAAGCGCUUGCUGAUGUUCUCCCUAGGACUCCUUUUGUUAUUUAUGCAAAGGAUCUGCUAUAUAACUGCAUCAACAUGAGUUUGUUUUUCUUAAGGCUUAUUCUGGAUACAAGCCAGAUGUUCUGCUGUAUGGCCCAUGCAUGUAUGUCUUGAAUUCUUGCUAAGAUA